UCGCAUCCUCCCUGACAACUUCCUCCCUAUUAUCAACUACCCAUCUGAUUCUCCAUACAGUUACUCUAGCACCCUUCUACCCCACAAAAACCAUAUCAUGAAGUCCACCUCAGCCGUCGUGGCUAUCACGGCCUUAGCAGCCGUAGCCAGUAUCCCAUCGGCUACGGCCGGCAAACACCGAAUGAAACUCCACAAGAUGCCAAUCACCUCCUCGGCUAACUCCCAAACCAUCCUCAACAACCUCCAAUCUCAAACUGCUUGGGUCAGUCAGAAAUACUUCGGAGUCGACGAUACUGCCUCCGAGAAGAAGUUCAGAUACGGCCAUGCCCUCAAACAACCAAAGGAGGGCGACGAUGUCUCGAUCCAAAUGAUCGAAGAGGCCGAGCUUGCCAGUGCUGGGCAUGAAGUCCCCCUUAGCAACUACUUGAACGCCCAGUACUUCUCCGAAAUCAGUCUUGGCACUCCGCCUCAAUCUUUCAAAGUCGUCCUUGACACUGGGUCCUCCAACUUAUGGGUUCCUUCCACCCGUUGCACCUCCAUCGCUUGCUUCCUUCACUCCAAAUACGAUUGCGAGGCCUCUGAAACCUACCAGGCCAAUGGCACCGAGUUCAAAAUCCGAUACGGCUCUGGUAGCUUGGAAGGUGUUAUUAGCAAUGAUGUUUUGACAAUCGGCGACUUGACUGUCCCAGACGUCGACUUUGCUGAAAGUACCAAAGAACCCGGACUUGCCUUUGCCUUCGGCAAGUUUGAUGGAAUCUUCGGUCUCGGUUACGACACCAUUUCUGUCCUCCACACCGUACCACCAUUCUACAAGAUGAUGGAAAAUGGGAUGCUCGACGAUCCUGUCUUCGCAUUCUAUCUCGGCUCAGCUCAGGGCAACAAGGCUGACCCGAACGGUGGCGAAGUCGUCUUCGGUGGGGUCGACGAGGCUCACUACGAGGGUGAAAUCUUUUAUGCCCCUGUCCGCAGACGCGGCUACUGGGAGGUUGAAUUGAAGUCGGUCAAAUUCGGCAAGGAGGAGAUGAAGCUUCACAAUGUCGGUGCCGCUAUCGACACUGGUACUUCGCUCAUCGCUCUUCCAACCGAUACUGCGGAGAUCAUCAAUGCCGAGAUUGGGGCCACCAAGAGCUGGUCUGGUCAAUACACUGUCGACUGCAGUCGAAUCCCUGAGCUACCCGACUUGACCUUCAACUUCGGCGGAAAGGAAUUCACUAUCACUGGAGAGGAUUAUAUCCUUCAAGUCUCGGGCACCUGUGUCUCUGCUUUCACCGGUCUUGACAUGCCCCCCAACAUUGGUGAAUUAUGGAUCGUCGGGGACGUGUUCCUUCGCAAAUGGUACACCGUCUACGAUUGGGGUCGAGACGCUGUCGGAUUUGCCAAGGCCCGAUAAAGAAUCCAAGGAUUAUUUUCUAUGAUAAAUCCUGAAGGAGGGGUCUUAUAGAAAAGUGAUCUAACCAUUCAACAUUUGUAGUUUUUUUUUUUUUUUACUUUCU